AGUUAUUUCCUUAAUUGAAGAAUGGCUGAUGUAGAAGGAUCACCGGGGAGUUCUAUGCAUGGAGUCACCGGAAGAGAACCUGUUCUCGCUUUCUCAGUGGCUUCUCCAAUGGUGCCUACGGAUACCUCCGCCAAGUUUUCAGUACCGGUGGAUACUGAACACAAGGCUAAACAAUUCAAGUUUUAUUCGUUUUCGAAGCCUCAUGGACUUACGUUCCAGCUCUCCUGGAUUUCCUUUUUUACUUGUUUCGUUUCGACUUUUGCUGCUGCACCUUUAGUUCCUAUUAUUAGGGACAACCUUAAUUUGACAAAAAUGGAUGUCGGUAACGCUGGGGUUGCUUCCGUUUCCGGAAGUAUUUUAUCUAGGCUUACUAUGGGUGCGGUUUGUGAUUUGUUGGGUCCCAGGUAUGGCUGCGCUUUUCUUAUCAUGUUGUCAGCCCCAACUGUUUUUUGUAUGUCCUUUGUUUCAUCCGCUGGUGGCUACGUUGCUGUCCGGUUUAUGAUUGGGUUUUCACUCGCAACGUUUGUGUCGUGGUUAAACAGGCUAGUGAACGGAACAGCUGCUCUUGAUGCUGAUGGUAAAUUUGGUAACGCAAGUCCAAAUUACACCCAAGCUAAUUUGAAAUUUCAGCCAUUGAGUCCAAAUUAUUUGAGGGAAAGUUGA